AUAGCGAAAUAAAGCUAUUCUACUCUUGACUGUACACUCGUAGCACCUAAAAAAGGUGUUUCUCAAGCACCCGACCCCUCGUGUGAUAGCGCUGAAAUCCCAGCCCCGGCUUGGCCGGAGAGCGGGACCUCCAGCCUGCUGUAAUGAAUUCCCUGUGUGAUUGACAGGGAGUGCUGACGGAGCCGAGUGGGGGAUAAAAGUGGAGCGACGGCAGAAAGACGGGGAGAGGCGAUUCUUGUCCAAUUUAUAAACGGGGAACUGGAUUUUUGGAAACCGCACAUAAGCAAGGAAAGGGGGGAUUUGCGUCAGAUGUAAAUCGAAUUUGCAGAAGUGCGCUUUCUCAUGGAUCCCUACGCAUUGAAUUGGUUUACAAUGUUAAUUUAGAAGGAAAACCAUCGUGCCUCAGAAGACAAAUACCGUGGUACUGUACGUUUAAUUUGCAAAUCGAUAUUAAGAGAAACUGUACCUGUUACAGUACAGACUUUAGGAUGGAAAGUACAGCGAAUACAUCCACAAAACCACCGACAGGGAAAAUGAAGGCUCGAGCCCCACCUCCCCCUCAAGCUCCUCAGCCGGCCCCACGCAGGAUCUUCAACACAGCCAAACCCACAAGCCUAGAGACCACAGGGCCCCCUGCUGGAGAGGCCAAGGAGAACGUGCUGCACUAUGCAGUGGACCUCCUGGUCACUCUGCCACAGGGCUUCCAGACCAGGACUACAGUGAGCGGAAGCAAGGCACUCAUGGAUCUGCUCGUGGACCUGUGCAGCCAGUACCAUUUAAACCCAGUGUAUCACACCCUGGAGCUGCUGUCCUCUGACGCUCAACCAGUGCCCUUCAAGCCAAACACUCUGCUGGGAACAUUGGAUGUGGACAAAGUAUUGAUCAAGGAAAAAGUAAUAGAGGAGAAAGUCAGAAGACCCCCACCAAAAGUGCCAGAGAAAACUGUGAGGCUGGUUGUCAAUUACCACAGGACACAGAAGGCUGUGGUGAGAGUAAAUCCUCUUGUGCCACUGGAGACUUUAAUUUCAGUCAUAUGUGAGAAAUGUGAAUUUGAUCCCAGGCAUGUCAUUUUACUGAAGGACAAUACUAGCAGCAAAGAACUGGAUCUUUCCCAAUCAAUAAGUGACUUAGGAAUUCGUGAGCUCUAUGUGUUGGACCAAAGCCGUGUUCUACACUCUAAAAUGCACUCUGCUCCAGUUCUUAACUAUGCAGAACCCACUCGUUCUUCCUCUUUAAGCAACAGUGCCUCUGAAAGGAAAAGCCUUCUGGGAUUCAUCAAAUUCAACAGGAGAAAAACCAAGACUGAAGAUCAAAGAUUGGCGGACCUGGAUUCAACUGAUGAUAAAAAUAUUCAAAAUUGUGAAAUCGACCAUGGUGUUAGUUCGACGGCUCCAAACACCCCCUCUGUGAAUGUACGGCCUAGCAGAUUGGGCCAGUCCCAGUCCGUGAGCAACAUCUCUAGGAUGUCUCCCCGACCAGAGCUGAAAAAGCGCAGGGCGCCACGGCCUCCCCAGGAGGGCUCCGCGCUGCCGCAGGCUGGGCCGGGCCCACAGGAAGCCGAGCAGGUGGCGCCCGGCUCACCGAGCUCUAACCAGCAGAAGAAAAGAAAAGCUCCGGCCCCACCAGCAACUCUGGCGCUGAGCACCAAGACCGGGGACUCGGCCCCUGUGGUCAGCAGCAGCAGAGGGGAGCCAGAGGGUGCGGACCCUGCCAGCUGCAGCAGGACCAAUGAGCCGCAGCCAGUGGAGAACAGCACGGCAGAGGAGUCGGCAUCUGUUCCGAACCACAAGGCAGAAGAGGUGGACGACAACAGACAAAGCACCAUGGGUGCUCGACGGCAGGUUCCUCUUAAGCCUCGGAGAGGCAACGUGCGUGACCCACCUCAGUUAGAGAUUCCCCCUCCCCCACCAUACCCUCCUCCUUGUCUAGACAAGGGCUGUGCGGACUCAGACACUCCACAGCCCUCUGAUGUCGCACUGGAACACUGCAUGGAACUGGCACCUGAAUCCUGGCUGAGGUCUAUGCAGGAGAGCUGUUUGCUCCAGAAGAUGGGGACACAGCCACGGGGCCUGGCUGGGCUAGAGGAAGAGACCGUCUCCAUGGGCAGCAGCAGCAGCUUCCCUGAUGAUGCCUGCACUGCUUCAGAAGGCACCGCAGAGGACUCGGGGAUAGUCAGCUCGCCGUCCGAUGUCGUGCACCCCGCCUCACCCGAGGGAAGCCUGAGAAUGGGGUGGCAGCUGUCCCAGGGUCAGUGCUCCGGCAGCACCGAGGCCUCCUGCUGUGCCGCUCCUGAGUACUCUGCCAGCGACAGUGAAGAAGGCGUCCCUGCGUGGAGAUCUCACAGCAGACACAGCAGUGAUUUUGACCCCAAUCAGACCACAGCAGGCAUAAAGUGUGAUCAGUAUGAUGAAGACCUGGACCUCACAGCUCAGUUACAUCAGACCCUAGCAGACCUGGAUGCUGAUUUAGCAGAUGUUGAACAUACAGAUCUAACCUCCAAAUCAUCAACAUAUUCCAUGGACAAAGUGGGUUUCACCUACCCUUGUGAAAUACCUGUUUCUGAUGUAGACAUGGCAGUGCCAGUAACAACAAUAGAUGAAGUCUAUGAGGAUUACAGAUGCAGUGUAACAAAUUAUGAGAUAGUCUCAUCACAGACAGAAGAAACAAUCAAUGGAAAAUAUGCCAGUAGUUUUAAAAUAAGCAGUGAACUAGAAAACAAAAACAACAAUGCUGUCACAGCUGCAGUUCAGUCUCCUAGAGAUCAUGAUAAUUUAAAGUCAAUUAAACAGUCCAGUUCUAGUUAUUAUACAGAAGAAAAGUGCUGUACUGUUCCAGUGACAGAAAUCCAAUUUGGCACACAGAGAGAUAAUGACUUUCCUACAGAUCGGAUUAAUUCCCAAAUACAGAAAAUUAAAACUGAUAACGAAGAGACUCCCAAACUCCAAUCUGUAAACCAGUAUGAACCCAGGGAAUCCCAUGGAAACAGUGAGUCUCUUGCAUCCACUAGGCGGCAGAUAACCCAGAGUAAAAUACCACAGAGCUGUGCUUCACGGGUUGGCAUGAAAACUUUCACUGUUGUUCCACUGAAACCUGCCCUGAGUCAGAACCAGAAGCCAGGUGGAUCAUUAGUCAUCGGAGCCAUAAAGAUCGAUGCUCAGGGUAAUCUCAUCAAGCCAGAUGAUUCUGAAAACAGGAAUAAUGGUUCAUUGUGUUCUAGCAAUGACUCAGAAGAAUCUCUUCUUCGGAGAGCCAAGGCCUUCUGGAGCUCAGCAGAGCAGCAUGAGUCGGACAACACUAGCAGACGAGCUCUCACAAAAACCAGAGACCUGGGUGACUAUGACUCUCCCCUCGCAGAGCCUGUCCAAAGACAAAAACUUGCCACAGAAGCAAAAUCAGUAAAUAAUGCUGUAAAAGAGGAAGUUUCAACCGGUAUUCCUCACAGUAAACCAGGAGGCAAAAACAAGCUUCUGACUCCAGAGCUCAUGCAACAGUCCUUGAAACCAAUGUUGAAGACAGAGGUUAAGAAUGACCUCUCUUUUCUGAAGCCUUCCAGGAGGACAUCCAGUCAGUAUGUAGCUUCCGCAAUUGUGAAAUCUGCCAUUAGAAUGCCUACAGCCAAAGGCGGCUCUUGUAACGAUGAACUUGAACUCACACAAGGUCGCAUCACUAUUCCAGAUUCUAAAGCCUGUAAAUCAUCAUCUCCAGUCAAACUCGUUUUUCCAAAUGAAAACAGAUACACUUACCCUGAAACAAACUACACUAAGCACACUCACAUUUCUGCAGAGAUAUCUAAAACUAAAGAGACUAAGUCAGACAUACUGGCUUUAACUCCAAUACAAUCACAGAGUUUUUCAAAUCAUAAGGUAUCACAGUACCAAUUGAAUAAGACUGCUUUUGAACAAAGUGUUUCUGUGGAGGAGAAAAACAAUGCUAGUGGGAACAGUAAUCUUUAUAAUGAAAAAAGCGCUGUCUCAGAUGAGGAAAUUGCAAAAACCAGGCUCACAGAGUCUCAGGCAUGCAAUUCUUGUGUUCUUCAAAAAUCAUAUAGAACUCUGCAGUUACAAAAUGAUGCUUCAAGAUUAGAAUCAUCUUUUAUUAGGCCCAUUCACAACCCCUUAAUCAAGCAAACUGUUAAGGAAGAUAUUUCAGAACUAACAGAAGGAGAUUCCCAGCGUCCACCAGCAGAAUUCAAUAAUCUAACUAACGUCAAUAUAUUUGGGCCAGUCAGAAAGUUCAAGCCUGUUACCUUGAAGUCAAUACAGAUUGAAACCUCAUUACACAGCACACUAAUGGAGGCUAUCCAGUCUGGUGAUGGAAAGGAAAGACUCAGAAAGAUAACGGCUACAACAGGGGAAACCACUCAGAAGAAGCCUUCCUUUGUUGAGGCAGAAAAUGAACGGGCUGCACUUUUGGCAGCAAUUAGAGCUCAAAGUAACUCUUCAAGACUUAGAAAGACUAAAUCUACAGCUGCAGAGGAGCUCGGGAAUAUCCGAAAGGCCGAGGAGGGAAAUGGUGGCCCCAGCACUGAAGCCGUUCUUCGUCCACCGCACGCUCCUCCUCCUCCUCCUCCUCCUCCUCCAGCUGGCAUGUUAAAAGCGAGGCCCUCCGGCUCCGUUCUGAGAUCUCGUGGGAGCCCAGAGCAGGCGCGGGCUGCCUUGCUGGAGGCCAUCCGCAGCGGCUCUGGAGCCGCACACCUGAAAAAGGUCCCUGUUCUUUCAAAAACUGUACUUGUGAAUGCAAGACUAGGAAAAGUACAGGCUCAAUUGGUUCACAAGGACUAGAGGUUUUUCUUGAGCCAUCUUCAUUUCAGUGUCUAGAGUCUGUCAGCAGCCAUCUUUGAUAACACUGCAUGCCAAAUGUGAUUUUCCACUUACAUUCAUGUUUUGAUUUUAUUUACCGGUAACUGAUGUUAGUUGGUCAGAUGAGUCUUGUUUAGAUCGUGUGCCAACAAUUGUUGCUGCUACUUAUCCCUAAAAACAGAUGAAUCGAAAAUGAAUGUGAAGAUUCUGUUCAGUCCUCAGAUAUACCACUUUAUUUCUGUAGCUUCUGUUUAGAGAUUUUACAUACUACUUUAAAGGGAAUUCGCAAUAUGCCCUUCCCCCCACAAAACAUAUGAAAAUGAGACAAAAUUGUUUAAAAUGUGAAGAUGAGUUUUCAUGUAUUUAGUACCAUGUUUUGACAAUGGGAUAAAGAAUCUUCUAAUAAUAUGAAGUAUAGGACUUCUUCAUGCAUUUAAAGUAGGCUAAAAGCUCAUCAGAACUGUAAUGUAUUUUCUGUAGUGCCUGAUAUGGUUCACGACAUGUCUAUAGAACACAAGAGACUUUUUAAAUCCUGUUAAGUUUUGUACUGAUCAGACCAAGUGCUGCCAUUACUCAUGAUGUGGACAUCUGUGGAGGUGACAAACCCCCUGCAUUGAACUAAACUCUUACCAAUGUACUGUAUAAUAUGACAUUUGAUGUUGGAUAAACAUGUAAACCUGUUUUUAGAAAAUCUGACUAUAGAGUUUCUUAGAAUUCUGAUGCUACAGAAUUGGUUGCCUACAUUUUUAGCUAUGAAGGUUAUAUGUUUUAAUUUAUCGCAUUUUAUAGAAGACUUCAAGUUUCACGUUUGAUCAUUAUUAGCCUCUGUAUGAGUUUCCAUUGUUUGUAUCGUCUUGAAGUAAAACAACCCACAAAACCGGAGUCAAAAUUGAACUGACAUCAUGUAUCAACCCCAUUCUUUGUAUAGAGUAAUAAGAAAUGACUGAAAUCCUUUUUGUUGAUCUGAAUUUUGAUUUUCAUUUAAAUUUGAUUUCGAUUUGACAUUCUUAAAAAAACAAUUGUGUUUCUUUUAAAGGCAUGCGUAUCUUGCAUUCAUUGUUAUGUAAAGCGAGAAUGUAUAGUUUGAUGUUUGGAGCCUUAACUGAAACAAUACUUUUUUCUAAUUUGUUACAAAUUUGAGUAUAUAGCAAGCAUAGUGGGAUUGUAUUUUCCGUAAGACAAUUUAUUAUAAAAUCUAAAAAUGUCUAUCUAAACUAUGUCAGCAAUUUAUCUUGAUAAAGCAUGUAGUUCCAUGCUUUGAAGCUUAGAUGUCUUGAAUAUAUUCAGUGAAAUACUGCUAUAAUGGCCCUUUCUGUUCAUGUGAAAUUUACGUGUUAUAAACUAAUCAAUUAAGUCAGGAAAAAGUAUGAUAAGCAAAGUGUCUUAACAUUAUACGAUAAUUUAUAAAUGUAACAUCAUAUAUAAACAUAAAUUUACUUCCAAUGCACCAUAUUUCUCUAUUUAAAUAUUAUAAAAUGCUGCUGCCUUUUCAUAGUACAUGAUGUAUUUUUACAUAAAAGACAAAUAAAUGUCCCUUGGCAUAACAGGUGUUGAAAAUAACAUACAGUAAAUUGCAGUUUAGAAAAACCGUUUAGAUUCUAAAACUGUCUACAGUGUAUUUUACACAUGCAAUUAAUCUGGGUGAUUUUGUAAGAAAUAGAAUUACAGAUCACACUCUAUAUUGAUUGAAAUUGUGAUACACACUUUUAACAAAAUGUAUUGAUCAGAUGAUGUUGUCAUUUCAACAUAUCUGUACAUGUUAGCCUAGUGAAACCUUUUCAUUAGUUUUGCUCUUUAACAUUUGUUGUUUUUUUUCUGUAAAAGUGACUCCCCAAACAAUAUCUUGACUGAGAUGACUUAAAUUCACUAUUACAGUGUUAGAUGAUUUUAUAUGUGUUAAUAACAUGUAUUGGCCUUUAUAAUGAUAGUUUGUAUAAUACAAUACAUUUAACAGUCAUUCUUGAAAUGAAAGAAUUGUGUUUUCAGUUGACGUCUAUUACUUUACAGUAAGAAUAUUAACUGUUUAUUGGUAAAAACUAAAGGCUAAAUGAAAAACCCUUUGGUUAGGAAUGUGUCUUUGGAUUGUUUGUUCUUAAUUUUCCUUUAAUAUGCAGGUAAAUGUUGUAUAGAAAUUUGUAAUAACAGUUAGAGUUCAGUAUUUGUUCAUGUGCAAUUACCCAUGUUAGGAAAGAAAGAAGUGUGUUGUGUAAGUUAGUUGAAAUUAUGCUUGCAUUGAUGUACUGUACAGAACAUGUUCAGUAGGUAUUACAAAAUGUAACUGAUAGUAGAAACAAUUUUAAGGAUGUUGCUUAGUGCAAAAUAUGCUCUAUUUAUUACAUAUUUAAAUAAAAACAGUGAAAAUUCUGAAAGAAAAUUUAGCUGAUCAAAAUCUUUACAAUAAUUCUCUUGUCCCUGCCUUUGUUGCCUCUUGUUAUCUUUAAACAUUUCACAUGACUUCCACAGAAUAGAGAGCAAAUUUUGCUAUGGAGCAAUAUGCUUUGUAAACCACUCUACUUGUGUUAAAUUAUAUGAUAAUGUAAUAAUCUUGCUUGUCUUUUAUAUCAUACAAAUGCUUUUAAUUUAGUUUUUCCUACAAGCUACAGUAGCUUCAAAAGGAUCAUUAUUUAUGUAUAUUUGAACAUUAAGCCAAGAGUUGCUGUGUAGCUACAUAUACUUUAAAUGUUAUAAGUGCCACAGAUUAAAAGUUUAUUGAAUUAAAAUAUCAGCUUUCUUUAUUAUAUAAAUCAAAUGUCUUCUGCUGCGUUUGUAUUGGUUUCAAUAUAUAAUUUUAAGUGUCAUUACUGUACAUGCAAAACUAAGAAUAAACUGAAAGAGUUUCUUUACAAUCAAUUGUAUGUGUGGCUAAAAAUCAACCAAUUGAAAACUGUUAAGCCCAAUACUGGUACAACAACGAAG